UUUCAGAUGAUCACGACUGGGCAAAUAUUAUGUUCAGUGAUAUUUCUUACAUUUGUCAUUGCGAGAUAUGAAGAUAAAUAUGACAGAUCAAAAAUGCCAUGGGACUUGAGACCCAUCGAUCGAUUCAUUGGAUUAUGGUCCUUGACGGGAUCAAAUGGUCGUCAGAGAGACUUGCCACCUCCAUCUCAAAUUGAUUAUGCAAUUAACCCAAUCCCUAAAUUUGGAGCUAGAGCUGUCAAUAUAACACACACCUAUUUCGACCGCAACAGUGUUGUUCGUCACGAUUAUGGUUUCAUGCCAGUUAAAAAUGCAACUAGAAGAGAUCCACGUGUCCAUGUCGCAUACUUGACUACAUCAUCACAAGGAUGGUCAAUGAUGGAGCAAGGGCAGGUUAAGGAAGGAAAAAUGACAUUCCAUCUAAAACAAUUCAUGAGAAGAAGCUUUGAUGUUGGAAAUAAUAAUAACCUGGAGAUUAGAGAGUUUGAGAGACAAUUGGAACUUCCAGACUAUAACACAAUGCUCAUGAAGAUCCGUGCCGAAACCGCUUACGACACCGAAACCUACACAGCCACAUACAAAAGAGUUUACUAAAUUUCAAUUUCCCUCACAUUUUCUCAAAGUUUAGCUAUAUUGCUUCUAUAUGAAAUAAAUCCAUCUCUCU